AUGCAGGGCUACACGGAUCCUGACGUUGACACACAGAACCAUCCCCGUCCCGAUCCAAGCAAGGGGAACAACCGAGCAGCACGAAAGACAGACUUUUCUGAAAUCGUGCGCAAUCAGAUCCUCUGCGCGAAACGAACAGCUCAAGCAUGUGAUCGAUGCAAGGUCAACAAGUUGAAAUGCGACACCAACCCGGACGGCUGCACCAAUUGCACCCGGAUGAACCAGCAGUGCUUCGUCACCGACCGCAUCACCGGCGAGACGGCCGUCCGCGGCGCCCUCCGCCAGGUCCAGGCCUGCAACGAUCGUCUCCAGGCCGAGAACCAGCGCUUGACGCUGUUAAACCGUCCGGCUGGAGGAGGAGAAUUCCCAACUACGGCAUGA